CUCAACUGUUACGCACCAGCCAGACAGAAGCAAUCGAUCGCAGAGGCCACCCCACGGUCUCCCCCCUCUUUGUGUUUAUGUGUUUUUUAAUAUCUUUUUUGAGGGAAACUGUCAAGCCCUAUCCCAAAGAACAGGGACCAAAGAGCAAAAAUAAUGUACGCUUUCGUGCGUUUCUUGGAGGACGAUAUGUGCUACGCGUUACCUGUGUCAGACGUGAAAGAUUUCCAGCCCGUGCACAAAAGAGAUUUUGAUGAUCAGAAGGUGUAUGUGGUGCUGAGAGGCGCAGGCCAGCCUGCUAAAGCACACAUCCUCGCCCUGGCAGAAAGCAUUGAGGAAUUUGAGCACAGUAUUAUGCAAAAGAAGAUGAAAAUACCCAAGAUGUCGAACAGGAACACAGUUGAGAAUCAUUUUGGUGAUGAGAGAGUGCCCCUUAGACAUAAAAAGGUCCAGUCGCAUGAACAACAGAGGGCCAGUUCCAACUCCUCAAAGAGCCUGGCUGCUGUGGUAGCACGGCUGGAGAGGAACGCCGUCAACUCCUGCACUGAGGGAGAGGAACUGGACAGACUCACAACAGAGGAAGAAGAAGAGCAGGACGAGGCCGUGGUGCCUCGUGUACUGUAUGAGGAGCUGGUGCACAGCUACAGGCAGCAGGAAGAGGAAAUGAGACGCCUGCAGCAGGAACUGGAGCGCACACGCAGGCAGCUGCUGCAGCAGGCCAAGAAGCUCAAGGAGUAUGGCAGUCUGCUGACCGAAGUCAAGGAGCUGCGUGAUUUCAAUCGACGCCUACAGGACGUCCUUCUCAUGAGGCUUGGCAGCGAGCCGAUGCAUGACAAUGGCACACAGACAAUCAAAGCAGAGGUGGUGGAGCCGAUCAGUGAACCACAGGAGGUGUGUCAAGAGGAAGCCAACACUAGCUCCACCCACUCCCCAUCCCCGAGAACCGUCUACACCUUCAAUGAUGGAAAAGUGCACUUGGGUGGAGGGAUUUGGGUGGAGGAGGAGAAGUGGCACCAGCUACAACGGACACAGGGAGACUCAAAAUUCACCAAAAAUCUGGCGGUGAUGAUCUGGGGCACAGAAACCCUGAAGAACCGCAGCGUGACUGGUGUCGCUACGAAGAAGAAGAAAGACGCCCUGCCUAAACCACCGCUCUCACCGAGCAAGCUCAAAAUUGUUCGAGAGUGUCUGUAUGACCGUGUAUCUCAAGAAACAGCUGACAGUGCGGAGAUCACCCAGCGGUUAUCCAAAGUGAACAAAUACAUCUGCGAAAAGAUCAUGGAUAUCAACAAAUCUAUCAAGAACGAGGAACGGCGAGAGUCCAAGCUUCUCAUCCAGCAGACGGUGAAGAUGGAGAACUUCCCCUACGACGGUCUGUAGGGGGUGCUGAAGUUGUCACCAUAGCUCAUUCUACUCCUCAAGGACUUCUGGUGGAGAAGGUGCACGUAAUCAACGACGCUGCCAGUUGAGAUUUCCACUGAUGCCCUCCCGAGACCUCUCUGUCUCCUUACUCUUGUAGACCUUGUUUUACAGCCUGUCUGACAGUUUUACCCCUCACUGCACUGCCUUAGCAUGCUGGUGUGCAUUCUGUGAGUGAAUGGGGUGGGGUUUUUUUAAGCUUUGACGGGGUUGGAUAUUAUGCCUAAUAAGACAGGAGCGAUCCUUUAAAUCGUGUGCGAGAAAAAUGUGUUUGGCACAUCAGCUUAUGUUCUGUGUCAGAACAUGCCCUAAUGUACUAAAGAGGUUCCCCUUCAGGAGAAGUUUUCUUGUGUCAGGAGGAUGUUUGUGAGGUGUCAUAUAUGCUGGCUUAGAGUCGGAGUCUUAAGGAGAGAUAGGUCACUUCACAGGGACCAUCUGCUAAAGGUACUUAACAUAAAGAGUUGCACUUUUAAACAGGGUCACACCCUGCAUCGUCUUAAUGAACCAUUGAUUUAAUUAAUCAAUCUAGGCCUAAUUGUUCCUGUUAAUUGCUUUCCUGAGAUGACUACUGAUGGUCUGUUGUUGUUUUUGAUGGUUGUUAGGAGUGGAGAGGUCGCAUGUAGUCAGUGGUGCUAAGCAGUUAUCCAGGAAGACAGUCUAGACAGACAGAUGCUUGUUGUUCACAAAAAGGUGAAAUGAAAGUAAAGUUUAGACUUUAUACGAUCAUCGGUAGACUUAUGUUUGUUUUAGGCUAUAUACUGCCUUCAAGUCCUGUUGGGAAGUUCCUGUGGUUUAAUACUUGUGAUUAUGGUGACGCGUUUUCAAGUAAUUUACAAUCCUUUCAAAAGUUUGGGGUUGGUACGAUUUCUUUUCAUGUUUUUGAAAGAACAUACAGUAAAACAGUUAAUUUCUGAAAUAUUAUUACA